ACCAUUCACAGCGGUGGUGACUCGUCACUCCGCGCAGAAAGAUGGCUGCGGUGGAGCGGACCCCGGUCAAGGAAGGGAUCCGGAUAGCUGUGCUGUGUGCGUUCUGGUACACAGUCAGUUCUGGAGGAAACAUCAUCAACAAAAUAAUCCUGAACGGAUUUCCGUAUCCCGUAACGGUUUCUCUCUUUCACAUCAUCUCCGUUGUUGUCUUCCUCCCGCCGCUGCUGCGGGCAUGGGGAGUCCCCAAAACAGAACUGCCUAGCAGGUACUACCGAUGGUACAUCCUGCCUUUAGCUUUCGGAAAAUACUUCGCGUCCGUUUCGGCUCACUUCAGCAUAUGGAAGGUGCCCGUUUCGUAUGCCCACACAGUAAAAGCCACAAUGCCAAUAUGGGUGGUGCUGUUAUCAAGAAUUAUAAUGAGGGAGAAGCAAACUACAAGGGUGUAUGUGUCGCUCAUCCCGAUCAUCGGUGGGGUUCUGCUGGCCACCAUGACCGAGCUCUCCUUUGAUGUGUCAGGGUUGAUCAGCGCUCUCGCUGCAACACUCUGCUUCUCUCUGCAGAACAUCUUCUCCAAAAAGGUGCUGCGUGACACAGGCGUGCAUCACCUGAGGCUUCUGAACAUCCUGGGCUUUAACGCCAUGUUCUUCAUGCUGCCCACCUGGGUUCUGGUGGACUUCUCUGUGUUUCUUGUCAGUGGGGAUCUGUCGGAGAUUUCAGGAUGGGCAGGCACCUUUUUCCUCCUCCUCAUCAGCGGCUUCUGUAAUUUUGCACAGAACGUCAUUGCUUUUAGUAUCCUGAACCUCGUCAGCCCUCUCAGCUAUGCAGUCGCCAACGCUACCAAGAGGAUCAUGGUCAUCAGUAUAUCUCUGUUCAUGUUGCGCAACCCAGUCACCCUCACCAAUGUCCUGGGUAUGAUGACAGCUAUUCUUGGGGUCUUCCUCUACAACAAGGCUAAAUAUGACGCCAACAAGCAGAAGAAGAAGCUGCCAACCAGCACGCAGGACCUGCUGUCUUUUGACAACCCGAUGCUAGAGAGGACCCAGGCAAACGGAUCCGGGCCGUACUCCUACGGCUCAGAACAGCAGCACAGCUGGAAUCCCGUGCUGACUGAUCACUUCCAGUACAGCGGACAGGCCUACACGGCAAACCACAGCGGCAACCACCAAUUUGUGGUUUAAUGGAGGGCGUGGUUCUCAUCGUGGUGACACCAGCAGAGUUUUUUUCUUUUUUCUUUAAACCUGCUCCAGAAUGACACUGAAGGCAAGUGCUGUUUGUGGAGGAUAAUCCAGAUGUGACGAGCCACCUGUGGCGUGCCAGAGAUGUUUGCCCUCCUACGUCCCUCCAUGUCUACACAUUGUUUUUGUUUUUACAGCCUCCCUGCUGAUUUUUUUAUUUUAUUUAUUAUGAUGUUAAUAACUGUCGCAAACAUAAUCUGCCACUUCAGACAUUUUGAGGGGCGGUUGAGCCACACUAUACAGACACAGAAACGUUCAACAGUAGUUUAGGGUUGAAAUGGUGAAUAUUUCUUCCACC